AUGAGCAAUAUCAACGAAUUUAUUGCUCCCAAAACUGCUCCCAGGUUUUUAGCACUGGAUAUCGAUGAAACAUUCGUCGUUGAUGACGAGGAAGUUUAUAAUAGGAACAAGAAAUCGUUCAGACUCCUUAGGUCAAAAGGGAUUGUACCCUUAUUUUGCACAACUGAUAUCGCACAGUUUCAAAAACCCAGUACACCUCCAAAAUAUUUUGGAAUUGAUGUAGACGGCACAUUUUAUACUGAUAACAACGAACAAUUUAAAAAGAAUAGCCAGGCUUUUAAACUAUUGAAAGAUAAACAAAUUACGCCAUUUUUAUGUACAGGAAGGGGAUAUCAGUCUAAUAAAAAAGUGUUAAGCACGGAGUUUGAAACUACUACAGGUUACAACGGAUACCCGGGGGUAUAUAAUAACGGUGCAGUUGUUUAUGACCCAGAUGGCAAUCUAAUCCAAAUCGAGAAAUUAUCUGUAGAGUUUCUUGACAAAUUUAAAGAAUAUGCUGAAACAAAUAACAUUAAUGAUAGAACUAUUUAUUAUACCGACACAAAAAUUCACUGUCUCGACACACUAACGAGUGAUGCUGUAGCAUAUUUUAAUUCACUUAGAUAUGAUGAUAUAGAAAAAACAACUUAUGAAGAGUUAAAACAAAAGAAUGUAGUUACGAUUGGAUGUUUCAAUCACGAAAUUAAUAAUUUCCAACAAAUUAACGAUGUAUAUUUUGUUAAAUUCGCAGGAGAAGACUAUUUUCAAAUGGGACCAAAAGGUGUUAAUAAAAAAACGGGACUUGAGGCUUUACUAAAUCACUUUAAGUCGAACGCCAAUGAAUGCGCUUAUAUUGGAGACAAUAAAAAUGAUCACGAAGCCAUGGAAUACUGUUACAUAUCCUUUGCCGUAGGAAACGCCGAUAAUGAUACAAAAAAGAAGGCAAAGUGGGCGUUAGAUAUUAAAAAUGAUGAAGGAGCUUUUGAAAAGGCCGUUAAACUAUUGACUGAUGACUAA